AUUUUCUAAUAAGCAGUGUGUACACACUGGCCGAGCUGGUCGGCGAAAACAAUUUGUUUAUUUGUAAAAACCUUAAAAUGAGUGGGAAAUCGUCGAAAACGAACAGCGCGUCUAGCAGCAUGCUGUAUGGUUCCAGUAUCUCGGCGGAGUCCAUGAAGGUGAUCGCGGAGAGCAUCGGCGUGGGCUCCCUUUCGGACGACGCCGCUAAGGAGUUGGCCGAGGAUGUGUCCAUCAAGCUGAAACGAAUUGUCCAGGACGCGGCCAAAUUUAUGCAUCACGCAAAGCGCCAAAAGCUCUCAGUGCGGGACAUCGACAUGGCUCUCAAAGUUCGGAAUGUGGAGCCACAGUAUGGAUUCGUUUCCAAGGACUUUAUACCUUUUCGUUUUGCAUCCGGUGGGGGGCGGGAGCUGCACUUCACCGAGGACAAGGAGAUCGAACUGAGCGAAAUUACCUCCUCCAACUCGGUUAAAAUACCUCUGGACCUAACUUUGCGUUCCCAUUGGUUUGUGGUUGAGGGAGUCCAGCCCACUGUGCCAGAAAACCCUCCUCCGCUUUCAAAAGACUCCCAGUUCCUGGACUCCGUCAAUCCGGUCAUUAAGCUCGACCAGGGUCUCAACAAAGAUGCGGCUGGCAAGCCCACAACCGGCAAGAUCCAAAAGCUCAAAAACGUGGAGACCAUUCACGUCAAGCAACUGGCCACGCACGAAUUGUCUGUGGAGCAGCAGCUAUAUUACAAGGAGAUCACCGAAGCCUGCGUGGGUUCAGAUGAGCCGCGACGCGGAGAGGCGCUGCAGUCACUGGGCUCCGAUCCCGGCCUGCAUGAGAUGCUGCCCCGCAUGUGCACCUUUAUCGCUGAGGGCGUUAAAGUCAAUGUGGUGCAGAACAAUUUGGCGCUGCUAAUUUACCUUAUGCGCAUGGUGCGUGCCCUGCUGGACAAUCCAUCGCUGUUUCUGGAGAAAUACUUACACGAGCUGAUACCCUCGGUGAUGACCUGCAUUGUGUCCAAACAGCUGUGCAUGCGUCCUGAGCUCGACAAUCAUUGGGCUCUGCGAGACUUUGCCUCCCGACUGAUGGCGCAGAUCUGCAAGAAUUUCAACACCCUGACCAACAACCUGCAAACUCGUGUCACCCGCAUAUUCAGCAAGGCCUUGCAAAACGAUAAGACCCACCUCUCCUCGCUGUACGGCUCCAUUGCUGGACUUUCCGAGCUUGGAGGUGAAGUCAUAAAAGUAUUCAUAAUACCCCGCCUUAAGUUCAUAUCGGAGCGCAUUGAACCACACCUGCUCGGCACCUCGAUCAGCAACACAGACAAGACAGCCGCCGGUCACAUUCGAGCCAUGCUCCAAAAGUGCUGUCCGCCGAUUCUUAAGCAAAUGCGCUCGGCUCCGGACACGGCAGAGGAUUACAAAAACGACUUUGGCUUUUUGGGGCCAUCGCUGUGUCAGGCGGUUGUCAAAGUACGAAAUUCGCCGGCCACCAGCAUUGUGACCGUGUCGUCGAACACGAUCAAUACGGCACCUAUCACAAGUGCCGCCCAAACGGCCACCACCAUCGGGCGUGUGUCCAUGCCCAGCACACAGAGACAAGGAAGUCCCGGGGUGUCGGCUUUGCCGCAGAUAAGAGCCAUUCAGGCAAACCAGCCUGCGCAGAAGUUUGUGAUAGUCACCCAGAACUCGCCGCAGCAGGGACAGGCGAAGGUAGUGCGGCGGGGCAGCUCCCCGCACAGUGUGGUACUAUCCGCGGCUUCCAACGGAGCCAAUGCCUCCAACUCGAACUCUAACUCGAGCGCCAGCGGGAGCGGCAACAGCGGCAGCCUUCUUUCAGCCGCACAACGGAGCAACGAGAAUUUGAAUCUUUCAGAGCACCAUAGACGCCAACUCGCUGAUCAUUGAGACGGAGAUCAUACGCGCACCGCCCGAGCUGGACGAUCUCUCGCAUCUGGAGUAGCCAGCUUAGCUUGUAGUCAAAACAAACAUUUUGUAUGCAAUAAAACAAAGAAAGCGGCAACCUACCCCAAAAAAGCCACCACACAUAUAAAAAAUAAUUAAACCAUUAUUACAUUUUUAUAACUUCUACGUAUGUUGUAUCUUUAAUGUGAGUAUACAAUUUUUAUAGUAUACAAUUUUGACAGAAUUUAUUAAUUUAAGAAAUAAAAUUAUUACUGCUAUAAAUUAGAAUGGGGAGGUGCGACGGGUUCCACUUUAUAAAAACUAUGUAUGCAGUUAGUUAGUAAAUAAAAUAUUAAAAAUA